AUGAGUAAAUACCCGAACGAAACUGCUGCUAUGAAAAUUCUCCACUUACGAAAUGCGCUGAUUGGUGAAGCAAGGGAUAAAAUUGACCAAGAAGUGAUUAAUAAUAACGACUACAAUCAGGCCUGGAAGAUUCUAGAAAACGCCUACGAAGACAAACGAUUGAUCGUGGACACGCACAUCGACGCAAUUUUGGAAAUCGGUAAGGUAACCCGAGAGAAUCGAGAUGCUUUGAGUAGUCACGGAUUUAAGGUAGAAGGUCUUGCAGAGCUAAUUCUCGUAAACAUUUUGUAUAAGAAACUAGAUAAAGAAACGCAGGAACAGUGGGAGUUGGAACUUGGGCGUGGUGAAUUGCCCGUUUUCAGUAGUUUUUUAGAUUUUUUACGGGAACGUGGACGUGUUUUAUUACGAACCAGUCGCUUGCAGCAGCAAACCCCUCAGCAAUUAUCUACUCAUCCUAAGCAGGGUCAAGGAUUCAGCCGUAAAGUUCCAAUGCAAAAUAUUUCGAAGUCUUUCGUGCAAACUGUACGAGCAACCUGUCCGUGUUGUAAAUCUGAACAUGCAAUAUAUCAGUGUCCCAAAUUCCAUAAUCAAGAAGUCGUUGAGCGCAAGACUGUAGUAGUUAAAUCUAAUUUAUGCUUCAACUGCUUGAAGGAGUCCCAUCGUGUUAGUGAUUGUCCGUCAGACAAAAGAUGUAAGGUUCAAGGAUGUGGUCGGAAGCAUCAUAGUUUAUUGCACUUUAGUAAAUCCUCGAACACAGCUACAGCUUAUCAUGCCGAAUUGAGUUCACCACACCAGCAAACAUCUCAAGAAAUACAGAAAGCUCAAGAAUCCAGUGUUGCAGUGCAAUCUUGUGCAAACACAUUGUGCGUAAAAACUGGUACAAUUAAGCGGCAAGUUUUGCUAUCUACGGCUGUAGUCUUGGUAGUCGGAAAGGGGGGUACUACCAUUAAAUCACGAGCUCUAUUAGAUUCGGGUUCUGACAGCCACAUUGUAACUGAACGCCUGGCAAAGCAGUUAAAUCUUAAAUUGGAAAAAAUCGACUUACCAAUCAGCGGUCUCAAUGAUAUUCAAACCAAGGUGAAAUAUUCGCUUUCUACGGAAAUUCAAUCUCGAGUCAAUGCUUUCGCUACGUGUACGUUAGAUUUUCUGGUGGUUCCUAAAGUAACGACAAGUUUACCAAUUGUUGAAAUAGAUGUGCAUACUUUGUCAUUGCCAUCCAACAUAGUCUUGGCUGAUCCGGCGUUCCAUACCCCUGGAGAGAUUGAUUUGAUUCUUGGAAACGAAAUCUUCUUUGACCUUAUUAAAUCAGGUCGCAUAAAAAUUGAGCAUUCUGCAGUUACAUUGGCAGAGACUGAACUAGGUUGGGUAGUCGGAGGAGCAAUUCACAACGGCGACUCAUGGCUGCUUCGUCGUGUGUGUCAAUUCAAUCAUAUGGAAGACGAAUUAAAUCAUACAAUGCUAAAAUUUUGGGAAAUUGAAACCAUCCCAAUGCAAGAAUCUCUUACGGAAACUGAAGCAGCGGUAGAAGAACACUUUAUUAAAACUCACACCCGGGACAAACAGGGACGAUAUCAGGUUCGGCUCCCUUUCAAUGAGCUUAAGGAUCAACUUGGUGAUUCUUAUGAACUCGCAAAGAAACGGUUUGAAAAAUUGAAGCUAGUGCUGAAUAGAAAUCCGGAUAAACGUUUGCAGUAUACAGAAUUUAUGAGUGAGUAUCAAUCACUUGGGCACAUGAAGGAAGCAACCAUUACAGACAAGAAGGGUUACUUCAUCCCACAUCAUGCUGUUUAUAAGGCUUCUAGUUCGACUACCAAGACUCGUGUGGUCUUUGACGCAUCGGCCAAAACUACUUCUGGAAUUUCUUUGAAUGAUGCACUCUCUGUUGGUCCCACAGUGCAAAGUGAUUUGCAAAGUAUAAUACUACGGUUUUGUAUUCACGCGGUGGUUCUAACUGCAGAUAUCCCAAAGAUGUACCGACAGAUACAAAUGUACGAAGAAGACUGUCAAUACCAGCGUAUCUUGUGGUGGAACAAAAAAGGUUCAGAACAGGUCUUUGAACUUCAAACGGUGACCUAUGGCGUUGCAAGUUCGCCGUAUCACGCUACAAGGGCACUAAUGCAACUAGCAAGGGAUGAAGGGUCAAAUUACCCUUUGGCAGCAGAGGUUAUAAAGAACGAUAGCUAUAUUGACGACUUCCUAACCGGAAGUCGGUCUGCUGAAUCGGUCAUUGCGAUUUACCAGCAGCUUUCCGCAUUGUUGGCAAAAGGCGGGUUCGGAGUACAUAAGUUUUGCUCGAAUAGUCCUAAUGUACUAAAAAUGAUACCGGCAAAUCUGCACGAAACACAGGUUAGCUUUAACGAUACUGGAAUCAAUGCCCAAAUUAAAACUUUGGGACUUAUUUGGAAUCCGACCGAGGAUUACUUUGGAUUUAAUGUCUUGAAGUUAGAUAGCGACAGUAUUUCUUCAACGAAGCGAAUGGUUUUAUCGGAUAUUGGAAAAUUGUUUGACCCUCUAGGAUUUCUGGGUCCGGUUGUUACUUCGGCAAAGUUAAUCAUGCAAGAAAUAUGGCGUUUAGAGUUGGAGGCACUUCCGAGACCAGCUACCCAGUGUAAACCAAAUCCGAAAACAGCGAUUGAUUAUAUGUAA